GGAAAACGAAAGCGGGAUUUAGCUUCAGCAGGUAAAACCCUAAUUUCUUUCGAUCUGCUUUCCUCUGGAAAACAGUUUCUUAAUUUUCUUCGUAUUCAAACCUUUGCAGCUUCCACCGUCUUCAAAUCAACAUGAGUAAGCCCAUGGACGAGGAUACCAACCAGGGAAAGACUGAGGAGGAGGAGUUCAACACUGGACCACUCUCUGUUCUUAUGAUGAGUGUUAAGAACAACACUCAGGUCUUGAUCAAUUGCCGUAACAACAGGAAACUCCUUGGGCGAGUUAGAGCGUUUGACAGGCACUGCAACAUGGUUCUUGAAAAUGUCAGAGAAAUGUGGACUGAGGUCCCGAAAACCGGAAAAGGAAAGAAGAAAGCUCUUCCUGUCAACAGAGAUCGAUUCAUCAGCAAGAUGUUCCUGCGUGGAGACUCUGUCAUUAUCGUCCUCAGGAACCCCAAGUGAGAGUAAUUGAGAGGCUGGCUCGCGUUGUUCUUCAUAUGAUAAUUCGUGCUUCUUCUUGUUAAAUUCUAACUGUUGCUUCAACGGAUAAACAUGUUUUGAUCAUGAGCCUUAAAAUCUAGCAGUGUUCUUGUAUUUUUCACUUGUUCUUCUAUAUUCUCGACUUCCAAAAAACGCAUCGUUGAGUAA